UACUAAAGGGAACUGGUAUGCAUGUGAAAGUGGCUCUAAUGAAAAAAAUCUAGUCACUGGAAGAAAAGGAGAAAGGAUUCAGAUCAGCAGGCACUCAGGGUUGCUGGUACAAUAGACCUGAAAGGGACCAUGAUGUCUUCACCAAAUGAUGCUGAUAUGGGAGAAAUACCUCUGGAUGAUGAUGAGCGAAACAGCAUAGAAUACAAGAUUCUAAUGGCCUAUGCACAGCGGCGGUUGUCUGUCGGUAAAUACGGGAAACUUAUUAAAAAGGAAGCUAAUAUGCAGAAAUCCUCAUCCUUAAUCAGGAGACAAAUAGUGCUUGAAAGUCAAGGUAAUAAAUUUCGACCAAACCAGACAGAGGUUUCGCAGGGCGCUGUGUUUCAAACUGACCAAAGCCAAAAGCAAGCAAGACAAAGAUACCCCUCAAAAUAUUGUCUACCCUCUUUCUUCGGCAGAGAAAAACAUGAAAAAUCCCCAAAGCCUUCAUUGCCCCAAAAGCCAUUCUUGCCCCGAAGUUCCACAGAGUGUUUCUAUCUUCCUGAGAUACAGCUUCAGGGACCUCAAGUGAAGCAUGAGCGUCUGACAGAUGAGAUGGCAAAUGUUGACCACAUAGCAGACAGGCUGGCCAAGCUUGUUACUUCCAGAUUUCAGCCAUCUCCUUCAGAUGUGUCAUUCGAGAUGCUGGCUUAUGCCCAGGGCCCAGAACUACAGGGUGCAGAUGCUACUGAUGGAAGUAAGGGUGAAGAAAAUGAUGAAGAAAAGAUAAUUCAAACAAUAGUUGUACUGUUAAGACAAGCAGGGGAUCAACUAGAAAAAAAGAUCAAAAAGGACAAGACUUUCUAUCAGCAUUUUAUAGACAUGCUGUCCUAUACCUUCUUUGAGAGGAUCACUGAUCUAAUCCUGGAGGAUGUCUCAGCAGACUCAACAAGCCAGACAGAAGGCCAAGUACAAUGCACCAAAGUUGCCUUCGCACUGGAAGUUGCCGCCAGACUUACUGCUGUGGACAACCAUCCCAUGAACAUGGUUCUGGGCUUUGGAAUAAAAUACCUCAGAGAACACUUCACACCUUGGAUUCAGAAGCAGGGCGGCUGGGAGAAGGCUUUGACUUCACUGGAUAAGGAAGAAAUUGAAUAAUCAUGACUACAUUCAUUCUUCAGGGUGCAUAAGGCCUUCAUUGGGGGAAUAUGCUGAAUCUUACCACAAUCCAAUGACAGCAUGAUUACUGGCUAUUUGUUUUACUUCCAAGGAAUGUUGUAGUGUUGCUCAGCCAACUUUGACGGAAACAAUUUCACAUUCUUAAAAUUCAUAUUGAUGUAGAUGUGUUCUUCAGUGUAUAUGAAGGCACUCCUCAUGGCACAUUGAGCCCCAUGGAUAGUGGGUCACUAACUUUCUGAAUAGAGAUGCUUCCCUCUGUCUGUUCCCCUUCAUGUCUCCUGAAAAGAUUCUCUACCUCUUACUAAGAUUCCUUCCAUUCCUUCCAAUAAGUCCCUUCAAGUAUUCAUUAUAUGUGAGAAGGAUGUUAACUGCAAAGAUUGCACAAAAACUUAUUGAUGAAUCAUGAAUUUGAAUGAAAGUCAUAAAAAGAGUUUGAACUGGGUGUGUAAAAUAUGCAGUGCCAUCAAAGAUGAGCAUUUUUAAUAAAUCUUAA